AUGUCCUGCGUCAACGAUGAAAACUUCGUAGCCGUCGCGCUCGUUAUCAACCGGUCUCGCGAUGGACCCGCCUUCGUCUUCCACUAUCCCUCCCAUGUCCAGGCUCUCUCCAAUCUCGCCGACAAGGCAAAGGAGGUAGACGCCGAAGACGUGCUCUUUGAGCGCCUGUGGCAUCCUGCCAGUGCUGAACCUGCGCCUCAAGCCGCCGAGACCCGUGCCGGCGUUCGUGAUGAUCACUACGUGACCGAAUCGGGAUCGCAAGUCGUUCCAUGGGAGCAUGUAGCCGGCUUUCCAGCUCGUGAUCUUGCCGGUAUCUUGACUCCUGCUCGGUCCUAUCAUAAGAAGCUCUUCCAGCUCUCUCUCGACCCGCUUCUCUGUGUCUCUUACCCUAUCCAUGUGCCUGAAAAUGGGAAGUGGAAGAAGCCGAAAAAGGCCAGCAAGGCAAAGGCUGCCAGGGAUCUUGAUGAGGGCAUUGCACCAGACGAGCCUAACCCUCCCGUGCCCGUAAUCAAGACGGAACCAAGUAAAGAGAAGACCAAAGAAGGCAAGAAAGAUGAGACGGAAGAAGAGAAGCGAAGCUCCAUGACCAUGUUCAACUUGGUCUUCUUUUUAAAUCCCAAGAAGCAUGAAACUAGGGAACUUGUUGACUCACUAUAUUCCAAUAUUGUGAAAAAGGUCAACAAAGCGUACCAGUAUAGCCAACAGCACAGCGAAUUUGUGUGGAAGGAGUCAAAACGCAUCUUGGCUGCAAAAGACAGAGCUCGUGAAGAGAAAAAGAAGAUGAGUGCUCUGUGGAAAGAAUUAACCCAAAACUCCUCAUUGGCAGCGUCUAUGCGUGAAAUCUACGACGCCGUCUCUCAGAAUAGGAUUGCCACUUUGCAUCUGGACACCGUGGAUGGCAUCCUGACACCAUCUGUCCAGAUCCCCGUCCCCCUGUUCGUUGCGGAUCUGCCCGCGGAAGACGAUGAGCGGCAUCGCGGGUUAUGGCUUACCACGGCCAAUGCGUUCCUGAGCCAGGAUGCCCUCGAAGAGCCGGGAUUCCUGGAUCGCAACUUCGCUCUGCUGCUCACAGACGAUGAAAAGAAGAUUGUCGCUGAACUGCAGAAUGAUCGGGACCAGACCGCUUUAUCCAUGGUUGAGUUUGCGCGGCUCGCCAAACCGACAUUGUCCUUCUAUCAAGUUGGCCAAAGCAAUAUCCUCACUCUGGACCAAGUCCGCAAAUAUGCCCAGCACUUCAUCUUUUGGCGUCGUGCCAUGGCCAUCCCACCACUUCACCCUCGUGACAUCUACAUCGUAUCCCCAAACUGCGAUCUUGAGAGGCUUUGUCAGGAUGCCCAAGACUGGCAGAGGGCCUUCCCUCUAGCUCCACCUCUGCCUACUUUCCUAGCUGAGCUCUCCGUCCUACCUCGGCCUUACAAAUUCAUUACUCCCAGCAAAGCUCACCGACCGCUUUAUCUCCGCAUGCUGGCUUGGUUGAUGCGAGGCGGCUGGGUAACUCAGCUUUGCACAUUUGCCUAUGUCGUUGUAUGGCCGGAAAUCUUAUAUGAGGUUGACUACGAGAUCGAAGCAGAGGAACUUGGUGUUUCCACCUCCUCUGUCGACGGAACCGAUACCACUAGUAUCCAUACCGCCCAAAGCACUCUGGAUGGCCAAUCCACGCACUCAUCACUCACAUCGCCGCCGCCACAACUACCCUCGCAGCAACCGCAACAAUCACAACAGCAGCAGCAGCCACAAACACAGGGACAGCCAAACAUUCCCAAUCCAUCCACCACAUCUGCGGCCGAGCACUCAGCCGAAAUGGCCCGCCUCGAACGCAUUGCCAUGAAAGCUCACCGUGAACUUGCCGAUAAAGCCACCGCCCACGCCCGUAAAGUCGCUCCUGUCGCAACCACCAACCCGUCCCUCAACGACGCGCCACACCUCGCCGGCCUCACGCCGCACAUCAUCAUCGACCCUAAGAAGGCCACGGGCAAGGAAUCUCGCUACCUCUCCGCCAUUGCGCGUCGCUUCAAGGACGAGGAGCAACGGUCAGCGUGGCAACUCAUGUGUAAAUACUUUGAUGGGCGGUGUGCCCUGGAGAGAAUCGCCCUGCAGGAGGACAUGAAGCGGAAGAAGACGUGGACUCUGUUGACGAGCAUGAGGGAGUAUCUUUUGACUACAAGACAUUGGUGA